CGGAAGUUGAAACUGAACAUGCUCACAACAAUCAGCUGACAACGAACAACCAAUCAAUCGGAAAUUAUCCCACAUGGCCCGUAUAGUAGUGAAAGAAUAGCGGUGUUCUUGCUGUAAGCCUGGAAAACUUGUAAUAAAAUGGGUAACGUUUUUGCAGCUGAAAGCCCUAUUCCACCACCUAAUUCACCAUUAUCAGGAAUAGCACCUGCACCACCUCCAACUGCAUCUGUACCAUCAAGUUUACUCGAAGAAUUGAAAGGAAAUGGCGAUCUUCCAAACCCAGGGAAUUUUGAAGAGUUGUUUCGUAAAUGCAAAGAGAUAUUUCCAGCACCAUUGGAAGGAUGUAAAUUGAUGGUGAAUAAAGGGUUAUCCAAUCACUUUCAAGUUAACCACACCAUCUCCCUAUCAUCAGUAGGUGAAUCUUCGUAUCACUUUGGUAGCACGUAUGUGGGAACUAAUCAAACAGGCCCAGGAGAGGCUUUUCCUGUUUUACUGGGUGACAUUGAUACCUCAGGAAGUUUAAAUGCUCAAAUUAUUCACAAGCUUAUGGACAAUUUGAAAACAAAAUUUGUUCUUCAGACACAACAAACACGAUGGAUGGUUUACCAGUUAGAAAAUGAAUAUCGAGGACCGUCCUACACCGCAUCUCUGGUGCUAGCGAACGUUGACCCUCUUGAGAGUACAGGAAUCGUAGUAACACAGUACCUUCAAAGUAUUACAAAAAGACUAGCACUUGGAGCUGAGUUACUUUAUCACUACGGGCAAGGCCAGCAACAGACUAUAUUAACAUUAGCAGGCAGGUAUACAGCCGACAACUGGUUAGCAUCAGGAACUGUUGGUCCUGCCUCCUGUCACGUAGCUUACUACCACAAAGGCAAAGAAGUACAAGUUGGAGUUGAAUUUGAAAGUAAUUUUAAAAUGCAAGAAAAUGUAACAUCUAUAGGUUAUCAAGUUGAUUUACCACAAGCAAAUGUUACAUUUAAAGGAAUGGUUGAUAGUAACUGGUCUGUAUCUGGUGUCUUAGAGAAGAAGCUUCUACCGAUGCCGUUCACUUUCGUUAUUAGUGGGAUGAUGAAUCACUGGAAGAACAAAAGUCGCUUUGGGUUUGGACUGAUGAUCGGUUAGCAGCUUGUGUUUAUCCUUAUGUACGAUAGAUUAAUUUUAAACAAAUCCACAAAUGUUUUCUAUUCAAGUAAUCUGACCCCUCCUCUCUUAAUGGUGUGUGUCGAUAUUGCAGGUAUUACAAAAUGAUUAACCAUAUUAUUUUACACAUUGUCAUCUUUAUAAUAUAAUCAUAUUGAAGUUGCCAGACUAUGAAAUUGAAAGAUGACGAGGAUAAUGAUUAUGAUUAUAGUGAUGUUGAUCGUAAUUGUGGCCGUGAACAAUGUUGGUAGUUGUGGUGAUGAUGGUAGUAUGAUAUUGGUACUGUAUUAAUGUUUGUGUUUAUGGUUAUGGUUGGGGUGAUUGUAAUGCUAAUGGUUUUACUAGCGAUGGUAGUGGUGUUGAUGGUGGUCGUCAUGUUGAUGAUAAUGGUAGUGGGAUAAUAGUGCUAAUUAGUGGUAUGUUAGUGAUGGUAUGAUGGUGGUGAUGAUGUUGACAAUGGUAGUUGUAUUGGUUUAGGCGAUGACAACAACAGUGAUGAUAAUGAUGAUGAUAAUGUGGAAAAUUAAGUCUAUUGAUUUCAAUUUUUUUAUUGCCCAGUUUUUUCUGAAAGUUAAAACAUUUCCAUGAGUUCUGAAAAGCUUUCAGUUAAACUGCACAUACAGAUAUGACAUAAAUGCUGGUAGACUUCUAUGCAAGUUACUGUUAACAAAAGCCAUUGAUUUUCUUUAUUGAAAGCACAGUAAAUUAAUCUAUUUUGACCAGCAUAUUAUUAAUAAUUGUACCAGUUUCUGUUCACCCAAUGUAGCACUGUUGACUGAUCAUUGGACUGUUUUCUUUGGUUAAAUACUACCGAACAAUGGGGACAUCUAUUUAAAGGUACACUGUAUGUGAAAGCUAAUGUAAUUAAUAACAUUCAGUGUUUUGAUUGACAGUAUUUUGUGCCAGGUUUUAUCACAUAUUGUUAUUCUUGAAACUUGCCCAAGUAUUGGGGUCUAUUUACACAGAUUGAGUACUAUUCAGUUUUUUCAGAAAUGGAUAUUUACAUUUGUAUGCUGCGACACAUGCCACUGUUUUAUAAUGAGGUGCCUUGCCAUCACUCAACCUUCUUAAAUCAUCGCUACUAAUGUGUGUAUCAAACAAUAACAUGAAUGUAUUCAUAUAAAUUAUUUCCAUGAAAGAAUAUUUGAAUAUGCAAUAAAAAUAUAUAUGUGGAGAAGACGAGCCAUACCAGGCAGUCCUGUGAAUUGUGUUUCAGAGAUAAUGGCCAAAAUAUGUUGGAAGGUCAAAAUUUUCAAUAUGUAUUUUAUUGCACUAAACUAAACUUUGUAAAUUUAACAUCAUGCUAUGUUGAUAUUUCCUAAUUUUCAACGUUAAAACAAUAUUUUGUAAUGAUUUGGUGAUGGUCUCUGCCUGAGAAAAUGGCUGAAAAUGUAAACUGUAAAGGCUGAUUUCUUAAAUACUGUUCUUUAACAGCUGUAUUUUUAAACUCUUGUAACUUCAUAAUGAAAUGACAGAUUUAGAUGAUACUUUGACCUUUUUAUAACUUUCAUUUUACUGCUUAAUGCUGUAUUUGAUUUUUUGUUUUUGUUUGUAAGGAGUGUCUUUGCCACAUAUGUUGUUUGUAGGCAGGUAAUAUAUUAUUAUACACAAGUGUUAAUAUUACAAGACACAUCUCAAAGGACUUCACUUAAUUUCCUGGUCAAUGGAAUGUAGCAAUCAUACACAAUAAAUAGGCAACCUUUUUCCGCUUCCCUAUGGAUUGCCCUUCCAUGAAUAAUCAUUAUCAUUCCAUUUUUCCCUUGAGCAUUUGAGUCUCUUUCCUCUGUCACUAACUCUGCUCAGAUUAACUGUCAUCUUUGAACACAAUCCAUCUAUUGCUUUCUAGGUCUUCCUCCCUUCCAUUUGCCCAUCUCUGCAUGCUCUGCUGCCCAUUUGAAUGAAUUGUCCUCUACAGCUUUUCUUGUUCCUUUCAUGAAUAUUAAGCAGUGGCGGAUCCAGAAAUUCAAAAUAAAUGAAGUUGGGGGGAGGGGGGAGAUUUUCUGAGAUGGAGUAUCUACACCACCUCAGCUUUAUCAUGGUUGGGGCUGAGGUAAAAAAAGUUAUGAUUAGGUGAUGAUGGUGGUAUGAUAUUGGUACUGAACUAAUGUUUGUGUUUAUGGUUAUAGUGGGGUGAAUGUAAUGCUAAUGGUCUUACUAGCGAUGGUAGUGGUGUUGAUGAUGGUCGUCAUGUUGAUGAUAAUGGUAGUGAGAUAAUAGUGGUAAUUAGUGGUAUGUUAGUGCUGAUGAUGUUGAAAAUGGUAGUUGUAUUUGUUUUGCGAUGACAACAAGUGAUGAUCAUCGAAGAAUUUCAUCUGGUUCUGUAAAAUUAUAGCUGGAUUAUUUUUUCAUUUUGUUUUAUCACAUAUAGUUAUCCUUUAAAUUUGCCCAAGUAUUGGGGUCUAUUUAUCCAGAUUGAGUACUGUUCAGUUUUUUUCAGAAAUGGAUAUUUACAUUUGUAUGCUAUGACACAUGCCAAUGUUUUAUAAUGUGAUGCCUUUUGCUUCAUUAAUCAUUUCUCAAUCCAUCACUCAACCUUCUUAAAUCAUCGCUACUAAUGUGUGUAUCAAACAAUAACAUGAAUAUAUUCAUUUAACUUAUUUCCAUGAAAGAAUAUUUGAAUAUGCAAUAAAAAUAUGUAUGUGGAGAAGACAAGCCAUACCAGGCAGUCAUCCGAAUUGUGUUUCAGAGAUAAUGGCCAAAAUAUGUUGGAAGGUCAAAAUUUUCAAAAUAUAUUUUACUGCACUAAACUAAACUUUGUAAAUUUAACAUCAUGUUAUGUUGAUAUUUCCCAAUUUUUCGAAGUUAAUACAAUAUUUUGUAAUGAUUUGGUGAUGGUCUCUGUCUGAGAAAUGGCUGAAAACAUACUGUAAACUGUUAAGGCUCAAAUACUGUUCUUUAACAGCUGUAUUUUUAAACUCUUGUAACUUCAUAAUGAAAUGACAGAUUUAGAUGAUUCUUUUACCAUGUUUUAACUUUCAUUUUACUGCUUUAUGCUGUAUUAGAUUUUUUGUUUUUGUUUGUGAGGAGUGUCUGCCACAUGUUGUUUGUAUGCAGGUUACCUUUUACACACAAGUGUUAAUUAAGACACAUAACAUCUCAAAGGGCUUCAACUUAAUUUCCUGGUCAAUGGAAUGUAGCAAUCAUACACAAUAAAUAGGCAACCUUUUACCGCUUCCCUGUGGAUUGCCCUUCGAUGUGGAUUGCCCUUCCAUGAAUAAUCAUCAUCAUUCCAUUUUUCCCUCGAGCAUUCGGGUCUCUUUCCUCUGUCACCAACUCUGCUCAGAUUAACUGUCAUCUUUGGACACAAUCCAUGUAUUGCUUUCUAGGUCUUCCUCCCUUUCAUUUGCCCUUCUCUGCAUGCUCUGCUGCCCAUCUGAACGAUUUUGUCCUCUUUUCUUGUUCCUUUCAUGAAUAUUAAGCAGUGGCAGAUCCAGGAAUUCAAAAUAAAAGAGGUCAAGGGGGGGGGGAGGGGAAAUUUUCUGAGAUGGAUUGUCUACACCACCUCAGCUUUAUCCUGGUUGGGGCUGAGGUAAAAAAAGUUAUGAUUAGGGUACCUCUAGAUGGCUGGAAAUUGCUCACUCAGACUUAAAUUUGAAGUACAGUAUGAUUUUAUUUAAGAUGGGGAAGCCCCUCACUCCCAGAAUCGGCCACUGUUCAGUAUUAUUCAAGUAAAUUCAACUAUACAUCCUGUAUGUUUGCAUUCCAGAACACAAUUAAUAUCAUGCAUAAAUAAUUUGAGAUUUGGACCCAAACCAUAUGGUUAAACGCCUGUAGUGCAACCACAGCUGCAUCCAUUCCCACAUGCCUGCUUUUUGUAAUACUUAUAUUCUGAUUAAUAAUACUGAACCAUGCUAAUAUUAAAGGUCUCCAUAGCAACAUUUGUUGUUGAGAUCAAAAGAAUACUCUAGGGUACUUUUAUACACUUGAUAUUUUUUAUUGCUGUUUAAUAAUGCAAUAAUUUAUAUCUAAUUAGGACUUCCAUGCUGUAUGUGUAAUUGCAGUAACUUCAUAGCAGCAGCAGAAAUGUAUAAGUAAGGUUCUGGUUGUGGUGGCUAAGGCUGGCCUCCAAAAUUGUAGGGUCAUAACAGAGAGGUAGAAAUAGGGUUGAAUGAUAGGACGGUCCACCGCUGCAGUUUAAGGUGCGCAGCGCGAGUUACGAGCAGGCUAACUGUACCUCCUCAGACCCCAUUACAUGGACCUGAUAGGUUGGAAACCUAAACCACAUUUGGUAGUAAAAUUUCGGAGUGUUUAGAGUAAGCAAAAAUUACAAUUCCAAGGAAAGAAGCGAGAAAAUUAGGAUGUUAAAUUAGUACAGUAAAGUUAACAUGUUUGAUCAUA